UCAGCCUCCAGAGCCUAGAAACGAGGAGGGAGGAGAUGAAAGGACGAAGAUACUGGUUUAUUGGGAGGAACAAAGAUCACACUAACCCCCAGAAUUGUUUGUCCGCCGUCACUCUGCCCCUGACUCUCCUCCAGUUGUCCGCUGUCACUCACCCCCUCACUCUCCUCCAGUAUUUUCUGCCUAAAGGUGUCGUGAAAACUGUGUACAAAUAAGGAAAGUAGUCAAGAGAAGAAGAGCAUAAUGAAGACAAUGCAGCAGUGUAAUUCACCUUACUGUUAGAUUGCUUCGUACACUGUUAUCGUUCCAGUGGAACCAUGUUUUGGCCCUUCAAAAGUUUAGUGAGGUUACUGGAGUUAGUUUUAAUUAUCAGUGCCAAAGGCUUUAGCAAGGUGACUGCAUUGAGGUCUAUUCUAUAAGUUCUUUCUAUAUAGGAAACAGUUCUUCAUUAAUUUGGCCCCACUAUUAAUGAACUAAACAUUUCCACUGCCGAGUUCAGACAGCAAGAGAGAUGGCAGAACGGCAAAUUCACACCUCCACUCCUUGUCAACCGGUACUCUUGGAGUUGUCGGCAAUUGUGGAGCAGCAGCCGCACCCCAAACCAUGCACUACUCCGGCAAAUAUGACAACACUUUCUCCCGCUGCUCUUUGGCGCCGGGCAAGAAUGGAAACACCUGACAUAUCGAGGCGUCUGGCUCCAGCUGGAAGUGGAGGACAAACUCCUUCCUCCCUUCUCCCCUCAGAACCUCCCUCAUCCCAUCCCCCCUCACAACCUCCCUCGCCUCUCCCCUCAGAACCUCCCUCCUCCCAUCCCCCCUCAGAAUCAGCGCCCUCUCUGACACCCUCUUCAGCUACAGUCAAAGAACUCACCCUCCAGCUGGAGAGGAAGGAGAGGGAGUGGGAGGAUUACUACAAGAAAAUAAAGCAAGUGGAAGAGGAAAUCAAGAAGAUAAAGCAGCAGCUCCAUCAAGCAAAAUUGUCCCACCACCAUCCCAGUCCUCCCUCUCCUCCCUCUCCUCAUCUCCGUCCUCACCACCCCACAUCUCCCUGUCCCUCCUCUCCCUCUCCCCCUCCCUCUCCCUCUCCGGAAGCAGCAACCCCGGGGGCCAGCGGGGCAGCUAUGGAAGGCGAACAGACGUCCACAUGCAAUGAGUUCAUUAUAGAGGUUCUAAAAAUAUUUCAAAACCAACCACCAAAUGAGGUCCUACUCUGUUUUGUUGAUGAUUCUUUGACUAGAAGGAAGAGGCAUUUGGCUUACAUUUUUAGAACAAACAUUUUCCGGCAAGAAGAUGUUGAAAUUCUAAGAAAAAUGUGCGGUGCUCCUCGUCCUAAAUAUAAAUUAUAAAUUGCUACAGGUCCACAUGCAAUGAGUUCAUUAUAGAGGUUCUAAAAAAAUUUGAAAACCAACCACCAAAUGAGGUCCUACAGGAAUCGGCAAUGUAGGCAAAUUCAAGGGAGAAGAUGUGUUGAGUGUGUGCAAACGCACACUCAACCCUGAGCAUCGAUAAUAAAAUAUAGCCUAGGUUGCCAACGACGCUAUUUCGUUAAGAAGGGGAAUCCUUCUCUAACCAGAAAUAGUAGGCACUUGGCUUACAUGUUUAAAGUAACACUAUUUAGGUCAGAGGAUGUUGCCACUCUAAGAAAAAUGUGCCGUCCUCCUCAUCCUACAUAUAAAUUGCAGUAAAUUGCAGUAGUUAUAUUAUAUUGAUUAUUAUUUAUUUAUUACCAUGUAGUCGACAAUGAAAAAAUGCACGGCACAGUGCAUAAGUGUGACCACACGGCGACAGUAUGAGCCUUCAGUGUAGCAACCAAGACCUUGAAGUC